GGCUCCCCAGGAGUCUCAGCCGUCCUACUGCUAUGCCUUCCGCUUCUUUGAGCGGUCUUCUUGGCCUCGUCUUGACGGCACUUACGCUUCUCAACACGUCUGUUGUCUUCGCUCAAUCUCCUGCCGCGAACGACAACGAAGCCAGCAGCGCCAAACAUUACAAGGUCCUCAUCCUCGGUGGCGGCGUUGCGGGCGUGAUGGCGGCGCACAGCCUUCACACGAACGGCAUCGAGGACUACGCGAUCGUCGAGGCGCGACACGAGCUCGGUGGGCGAAUGCAGAACUACACAUUUGGCAUCCCGGGUAAGCAGUACACGGUCGAGCUGGGGCCCAACUGGAUCCAGGGCACGGUGGUCAAGGGUGGGACGCCUAACCCAAUCCUGACGCUCGCUCAGAAGGCGAACCUCACGGCGGUGAACAACGACCUGUACGAUGACGUAUUGACGUACGACUGGACGGGGUACAACAAUUAUACAGACGUGUUCAACAAUGCGGUUGACGCAUUUGACAAUGCUAUCGUUGUUGCUGGUGCUCGCGUCGCCAACCAGCAAGUCGACAUGAGUUUGUUCUCGGGAUACUCGAUGAUCAAUGAACAGGCUCAAACGCCGCAGGAGGCUGCCUCCGAAUACUGGCAAGUUGACUUUAAUAAUAACCUCACUUACGUCCCGGAAGAAGGCGGCUUUUCUGAAGACAACUUGCUGUGCGUUGACCAACGCGGGUACAAGGUCAUCAUUCAACACGAGGCUGAGCAGUUCGUUCAGCCUCAGCAGGUCCUCCUUAACAGCACCGUCAAGACCAUCGCAUACAACGACACUGGCGUCGCCGUUACCACUACUGACGGCGCGACGCUGACUGCAGACUAUGUCAUCUGCACGUUCAGCGUCGGUGUCUUGCAACACCAGGAUGUAAUCUUCAAGCCUGCUUUGCCAGCGUGGAAGGAGGAGGCUAUUAAUAGCGUCCGGAUGGCUACUUAUACCAAGAUAUUCCUCCAAUUCCCGGAGCAUUUCUGGUUUGACACUGAGGUGGCCGUCUACGCUGACCCUGAACGAGGACGGUAUCCUGUCUGGCAGAGUCUGGACCACCCCAAGUUCUUCCCUGGCUCGGGUAUCCUCUUCGUCACCGUUACAGGAGACUUUGCUCUUCGCUGCAACCUGUUGACGGAUGACCAAGUGAAGGAGGAAAUUGUCGGUGUCCUUCGCAGCAUGUAUCCGAACGUGACCAUUCCUGAGCCCCUAGCCUUCCACUACCCCCGGUGGAGCCUAGACCCGCUAUUUAGAGGAUCAUACUCCAACUGGCCACCGUCAUUCGUUAACGGCCACGCGGAGGAUCUACGGGCGUCAGUCGGCGAACGGUUAUGGUUCGCGGGCGAGGCGACCAGUUUGAAGUACUAUGGUUUCCUGCACGGGGCCUACUACGAGGGCGUGGAUGCGGGAAAUGCGAUUGCCCAGUGCAUCAAUAACGGGACGUGCGAGACGCGCCCCACCGUCGAGUCGGUGACAAACCCGCAGCCUUACCUGCUUCAGCUGCCCAGGUGAUACUUGAGUUAUUCAGCUUCGUCUGGUAAUCGGAGGGAUUCACCGUCAUACAAACUACGUAUGCUACGUGACUAGUACGUAUACAGUACUAAUUUAUAUAUCUUCAUAGACGUUAUUAUGGCUGUGGUUUACUCGUACUGACCAUUACAUCCAGAGCAAGCAAGUCGCUCAUCAAUGGGCCUUAGCGCUGAACAGGUCUUGACAAAACCUGGCCCUAAGCGAUUAUUGAUCUGAUAGUUGAGGUUGGCAGAGAUUGGCUGAGGGGCGAUGACGCAUAGGUACACGCGAGGGCACGAAAUCCAAGCAUUGUACAAGAUCAUUAAGCAAACAAGAACAUUGGUGAGGGGGUACC